AUGUAUUUAAUCUAUCUUUUUCGACGAGAUUUACGGAUAUCCGAUAAUCCCAUAUUUCACCACUUGCAAAAACAUCCUCAAUUCUGUCAUAUCCUUCCGCUCUACAUUCUUCCUCCAAACCAAAUCGAAGUAUCAGGUUUUCUCCAAGAUCCGAAAUUGGAAUCUCCCUAUCCACAAGCUCGUUCGCGCUUAGGCAAAUUUUGGAGAUGCGGGCCCCAUCGAGCCAAGUUUCUUGCUGAGAGCAUCUGGGAUUUGAAGGAAUCGUUGAAACACCGUGGAAGCGAUUUAAUUGUUCGUGUCGGAAGGAUGGAAGAUGUUGUUGGUCAGAUACUCAAGCGGAAGGAAUUUCAAGGCAAAGUAGGCGCAGUGUGGAUGACGAAAGAUUGGGCGAGCGAGGAAGUCAACGAAGAACUUCGGAUUGAGCGAGCCGUGAAGAAAGAGGGCGACGGAAAGAUUGAGUGGAAGGUCUGGGAUGGAGAGGAGAUGCUUUUAAACGAUAACGAUUUUUCUACGUCUGAUCCAGCUCAAGUCCCUGACGUCUUCACUUCCUUCCGAAAAUCCUUUGAACCACUUCGGGACAAUAUUCGUGUACCACACUGUUCAACUCACUCGAAUUUGCCUCCAAUACCACCCAAAGUUCCUACCCAAGCUGCACCAUUCACCAUACCCACUAGCCUCGACGAUUUCAUCUCCUCUCUGCAAAAGCCCGUUCAAGAUUGUGGACUCGGACCACCGGUUCUCAAACCUCAAGGCGCUUCAACCGCUCACCCAUUCAUCGGCGGUGAGACAAGCGCGCACGAACGUAUUCUUCAUCUCUUGGUCUCAGGUAGCUUGUCCACGUACAAGGAUACGCGCAAUGGCCUUCUAGGAGAAGAUUUUUCUACUAAGCUAAGUGCAUACCUCGCUUUAGGGUGUGUCACUGCGAGACAGGUCAAUGCAUACAUGGUCGCCUUUGAGGACGGCAAAGAUCUUCCUGAUUUCGGUAUUCGUCUAAAUACUGAAGUUGAUUUGGCGAACGCAGAAGGUUUUGGCAAAGGUGAAAAUAAAGGUACAUCAGCUGUCCGUUUCGAGCUUUUGUGGAGAGAUUACAUGCGAUUGUGUAUGAGGAAAUUUGGGGAUGGACUAUUCUCUAUCGAGGGUUUCAAAGAGCGCUCGAAUGAUACCUCUUACCACUGGUCGAAUCUCUCUUCUCCCGAGACUCGUUGUACCUUUGAUCGUUUUAUCCGAGGCGAGACAGGGACUGGUCUCAUCGACGCUAGUAUGCGCGAACUGGCACUCACUGGAUACACUUCCAAUCGUACCCGACAGAAUUGCGCUUCGUUUCUAGCAAAAUGGUUAGGAAUCGACUGGCGCUUGGGUGCAGAGUGGUAUGAAUGUAUGCUGAUAGAUCACGAUGUCGCGAAUAACUGGGGAAAUUGGGCGUAUGUUGCUGGGGUAGGGAACGAUCCUAGGGGAAGGGACGCUAGCGGUGGUGGUGGUGGAACCGAAGGAAGGAAGUUCAAUCCUGUGAAACAGGCAUGGGAUUACGAUCGUAAUGGUGAUUAUGUCAAGGCCUGGAUUGCGGAGUUCGAAGGUGUGGAUGAAAUUUUUCGGCAUACGAAGGAUAAGCAGGAAAGAGAGUUGCGGGAAAAGUUGAAACUAUUGGAAUGGGUGAAUAGGCCGUUGGUGAAGAUUCGAUAUCAGCCGAAAGAUCAGGCGCAAGGAAAGAGAGGAUCUGAUGCAAAGCGCGGUGGCACUCAAGGGACAAGAGAUUGA